GCUACGAGGGCCCGUCGGCGGGGGACGCGCGGCCCUGCCUUGCUCCUCCCUCCUGGACGCCUGGUCUCGGCCGAGCAAACAGACCGGGGCGGUUGCGUCAAGUAACGGCAGUUGCAGCGCGCCGCCGAGCCCGACCGCUGAGCCUGUCGCUGCCGCCGCCCUCCGCGCCGUGACCCGCGACCCCAGACCCCGACUCCCUUUGGCUCGGCCCGCGCGCCCCAGGCCUGGCCCGGGCGGCGCGACGGGAGGAUGAGCGGCGGGCGGCGGAAGGAGGAGCCGCCUCAGCCGCAGCUGGCCAACGGGGCCCUCAAAGUCUCUGUCUGGAGCAAGGUGCUGCGGAGCGACGCGGCCUGGGAGGACAAGGAUGAAUUUUUAGAUGUGAUCUACUGGUUCCGACAGAUCAUUGCUGUGGUCCUAGGUGUCAUUUGGGGAGUGUUACCAUUACGAGGUUUCUUGGGAAUAGCAGGAUUCUGCCUGAUCAAUGCAGGAGUCCUGUACCUCUACUUCAGCAACUACCUACAGAUAGAUGAGGAAGAGUAUGGUGGCACGUGGGAGCUCACAAAAGAAGGGUUUAUGACAUCUUUUGCCUUGUUCAUGGUCAUCUGGAUCAUCUUUUAUACUGCCAUCCACUAUGACUGAUGGUGUACAGGCCCCACCUGCUCCCUGUCCAGUCCAAAGGACCCUCUUACUUACAGCACAGAAACAUGAUUGUAGGGGCACGCCAGCUGCAUGGAACCUGGAAGACCCAUGUUUCCUGGACUGAGAAUCAGUGUGUUGGGUGUCAGUGUUUUCUGCAAGGAUUGUGACCUGAAACUUUUUAAAAAACCAUCAUCUUUUGGGGAAACAUUUCUGAUUGUUCAUCACCAACCAUUUCUUCUUGGAUACCAUCAUGAAACACCUGUUUGCUGAUUGGAGCUGUCGUUUAAUUUGAUGCACCUCUGGAUCCGGAUGAAACAUUAAAUUGUCUUCCUCACUUUUC